AUGUGGGAUCUAGAGAAUGACGAACAUGCAGUCCGAAUCCAGAUCCCAACGAAGCCACAAACGAAGCGAGGUCUCCUGAGUAUGGUCAGCUCCAUAUACGACCCAUUAGGAAUCAUCGCUCCGAGCACCAUACGAGCCAAAAUCAUAUUCCAGGACGAGUGCAGGCGAGGCAUCGGAUGGGAUGAGCAAAUGACUGAACACAACAGAGCCGCUUGGCGGCAGUGGCUAAAUGAUCUUCCCCACUUGUCUCAAGAACGUAUCCCUCGACGUUACCACCCUGAAUGUGCAAAUCCAAUAACUACUGUACAACUGCACCACUUCUGCGACACCUCCCAGCAAGCAUACAGGGCUGUAUCCUACCUCAGGAUCACAAGUGGAGACAAAGCCCACUCUACCCCUUUGUGUGUGGCUGAGCCAAGCUAG